AUGGCUUCCGUACAAGCAAAAGUCGACGCCGCAAAGGCGGCCGUGUCGUCAACAUCGACAUGCACGCCUGCGACCGUCGUCACCUUUAAGGAGCUACUGCUCCCCGAGCCCGAGCCCAAAGCCAAGCAGACCGUCAGAGCAGCCAGGACAACCGCGACCGCGAAACUGAAACCCGGCGCAGCUCCCAAGAAGACGACCGGCGGCGAGCUGCUGGGCGCGCGCGAGAGGACUGUCCUGGCCACGCAUGUCAUCAAUGCGGCCCUCAAGUCCCUCGCCGGGGCGGCCAAGCCUCAGCCCCCGGCCACCCCUUCCAAGCACGGCGACAAGCUCCGACAAUCGGCCGGGAGGCGGUCGCUCCGACGAUCCACCUCGGCGCCCUUGUCGCCCCUGCAGCCGAGGACGCUCAACCGAGUGGCCUCGUCCCCAAACGUGUCCAUCAAGGAGGCCAGGCUUUUGCCGCCCUCGCAGUCGACGGGAUGUCUGGCAACGGUGGAGUGUGCACGGGUCGCCUUUGCGUGUCUUCGGUCUCUCAAGGGCCCCGUGCAGGAUGGCCAGGCAGACUUUCAGCUCGAGAACGGCAUGUCGGCGUUGGUGGGCAGACUCCUUGCGCUGGGGCUUCACGACCAGGCCCUCAAAGAGCUGCGGAUACUGAAGAGGAGACUCGACGGCUCCACGUCGACAGCGGCUAGAAACACCAAGGCGACGUCUGCCGAGAGCGGCUCUGCUGCUGUGGGCGUCGCGGACCUCGUCGAGUACGGCGGAAACAUCACAAAGAAAAGCCUGGCAACAGUCACGGCUUGCCAAACACAGGUGCUCAAGCUUGUGGCUGUCACCAAGAAGCCCGCGCACGUCGAGGCGCUGCUCCCUGCCCUGCAAGAGUCGAAUCCGUCUUCACCCAUCAACCUCCUCUCGCGGCUGGCCAGUGCGGGCGACAAGGAAGCCGCCAAAACGGCGCGCCAGAUGGCAUCGCUCUCGCAAAUCAUCCUCUCCCUCGUGCCGAGCGUCUCGAGCGCCGAGGACGCCGUGGCCUCGGAACCCCGACUUAGCCCGGACCCCACCGUCGUCUUCCAACUACAGGCCCUUGCUUUCAGGAUGCAGAUGAGAUGGUGGAGUCUGGCCGGGCACCAGGGUAGUAUCGACGACGAGAUACUGUCCCCCUUCACGCGCUGCAUGCGAGCCUUUGUCCGUCGUCAAAAGUCGGACGAGAGGCUGGUCUACCGCACACUGACGUCGGGCUUUGAAGGCAUCAUGGAGAUCGUUCGCUCGGGAAACCAUCAGCCCGCAACGUCGUCCAAAUCCCCCUUAUCCUCCAUCUACCAGGUUCUUGGGUCGACUGCACACGCGGCGCGGCACUACGACGACGCAUAUAGCUGGCUCCAGCGCCUCAAAGGCUGCCUGUGUACCGAAACCGAUUCCUUUGUUCGCAUCUGCUCCGUCUCGGCUCGGAUCUUGGCCGCGGCCCUCAAGAAAUCGGAUCUCGAAUCCGAUGUCGAACAGCUCAUAGGCCAUGUCGUUGCCGGUCUGGACGGAAGCCUCAGCGGAACUGUCUCAGAGCUUAACGAGCUGCUCGAGGGUCUCUCAGCCGCCAGGCGCGCCGUCGUCGGUCUGCUCAAGAUCGUCCUGGAUCCUGGAUCGCCGGCAAAGCCCAUCCCUGAACAUAUUGUCACCGUCUCAAAGGACUUCAUCCUCCGGUUCCCACGGUUUGUGCGCCGCUGGGUAGGGUCUCCCCCGGGGAAAGACGCCAGCACGAAGCAGGUGCUCCAGUUCGACCAGCGGAGGCAAACGGUAAUGCAGUCGAUUGGUCAGGUCCUGGAUGCGGCUUUAAUGGUUCUCAAGUGCGAUAUCCAGGCCAGCUCGAGCGAGUGGCAGCUCAUGGACGACGUCUUGCAGCACUGCGCCGCCCUGCUGGAGUCCAUAUCCAACCCUGCCAUGUCGGCGGCCAAGGCGGAGCAGUUGGGCGUCUACCACGUCAAGAUCUCGAGCCUCUACUUUUCCAAGUUCCUGGAGUUGCGCAAAGUGCCCAACCGGUCCAGGGACAUCAAUAAACGGCUCCUCCAGGCUCUCAGCCGGUCCAUCGACGCAGUGAAGGAUAGACCGCUUGCGGAACGGGAAAAGGCCCAGCUGUCGACGAAACUGGAGCUCUUUGCCGACCUCUGCCGGGAAAUGGGAAGAGCUGAAGACGCCGUCCGCACGCUACGGUCCAUCUGCACCGGCAUGGCUGAGGACGGCGUCUUGUCGGACGUCGCGGCAGCCCUGGCGAAGCAGCCUCCCGCCCUGGCAUGGACCAUGACGGAAAAGGCCUCGUCGCUGUCCCGGACGCUACGCUCGAUCGCCAAGCUUGACCGCUCGUGCAACGACUGGACCUUUUUCUUGCCCGAGACGGAGCGCGCCGCCGUGCUAGAACACCUGGUGCACCUCAGCGCUGGCAGUUCCUACUCGCCCUUGCAGCCCCUGCGGCUUCACGACCCUGGCCUGGCAGCGCUGCUGCGGAUAUAUGCUCCAGACAAGUAUCCCGUACGCCGGUUGCGCGUUCUUCUUCACAUUUCCUAUCAGAAUAUCGGGGAGGAGGCUGGGCUGGACGAGCUCGAGUCGCAGCUCGAUCAGGCCCUGCAGCAGCUUCAGCGCAAGGACAAGGCAGAGGACGCCGCCCUAUGUCAUUUUAUCCCGCACUUAGAAGCAUACUAUGCCUUGAUAUCGGCAGUGGCCGACAGUGAGACGCAGCUUCCCAUCUCGGCGGUCAGGAGCUCCAUUUCCUCCUGGAAGAUCAUGACGGAGGCCUGCCAGACGAGAGACGACCUAUACGCAGUCAUCGACAACCCGGAAGGCCUGCUCGACCAGCUGCUGUCGCUGAACCAACUAGCGGGUCUCAAAGGCGACAAUACGCUGCAGCUUUCCAUCUCGGAACUCUCCAUCACCCUGGCCAAGGCGAUUAGCGGGCCGUCGGCCGCAGGAUCGGCUGGCGAUAGCUUGGUCCUCAGCCAUAGCCAGCUGGCUGCUCGAUACGUCAGCAUCGGCAGCUACACGCAGGCCAUGGAGACGCUGGAGUGGACCAGGUCACUCGUCGAGCAAAACGAGGGCAUCUCGCGCGGCAUUGUUGCCGACUUUUACCUUUCGCAGGCAGACUAUCAUACCGGUAUUGGGGCGUUUGAGGAAGCCCUGAAAUGCUUAUCGAAAGCAAACGACAUUUGCAGCCAGUCGUAUUCGACCUGGGCUCAGUCAAAGUCGCAGGCAACAGUGACGCUAUCCAUGGCGUCUUUCCUGCAGUCGACCGUCUCUCUCCAGAAGGGAGACGUCCAGGACGCGCUUGCAGCCGUCAAGUCGAGCGUCCGGAUGCUAUCCCAUGACUGGUCGAAGCUCGAGGCGGAGGUGGUGUCGGCGAACGGUGCCAGCAGCGCCGAGACGAGCAUGUCGGAAGCCAGCUCGGCCAGCAUCCAGGUGAGAUCGUCCCAGAGCCGGGCAAGCGGCCCUCGCUUCUGGCGCCUCGCGUCGCCGCUCCUCCGCAGCCUCCUGCACAUCUCCUCGGUAUACGCCCACAUCGGCAUGUUCCAGGAGACCGUCUACUACGCCGAGUCGGCCCGCAAGGUUGCCGAGAACACGCAGUCGCCACUCUUCAUGGCGCAGGUGUCGGCGUGGAUGGGCAGCGUCUACGUCAAGGCGGGCAUGCGGGACAAGGCCCUCGCGGCGCACGAAGAGGCGACAAAGCACAUGCCUCAGGACGCGUGCUCAUGCCGUGUGCGAGUCGCGCGCCAGGUGGGGGAUUUCUACAACGCCAUGGGCAAUGAAGAGAAGGCACGCGAGUAUCUCAAGAUUGCCGAGGACACGAUUCACCAGUUGAGCUGCAUCGACCAGGCUGCGAUUGCGUCGAAGGGAUGUGAAGCGGGCAAGGGAACGGCCGUGACGAAGACCAGGAGCGCGGCAGCUUCCAAGACACCGCGUGCCACGAGGACGACGAGGGCGACCAGAACCCCUGCCGCGCCUCGAACCUCAAAGCGAGGACAGCCCGCAGCCCGAGCCAAGACACCGCCCGCCCCUGGCAUCCCCGAAAUACCCAAAGACGUCUACCAGUCGUCACUGAUGGCGGCCGUCAUCCUGUCUCGGGCGGUCGGGCUCAUCCACCUGGAGGACUGGUCGUCGGCACUGUCGACGCUGGAACAGCUCAAGGGGCUGCCCAAGCUGCUCGGGACCUUGUCACAGGAGCAGGUGGUGACGGCAACGUCGCUCAUCGGGCACAGCAUGGAGCAGAUGAUCUCGGACCCCGUCUUUUCGGUCGUGCAGGACUCGACUAUUUCCUUUCCCGCCGUGUGUGGCGGCUCCGACAAGGGCGCGUCUGACAGGGCGGCGGCGAGCACCUCGCCCGCGAGAAAGGGCCGAAGCGACCGGAGGGUGGGCAAGGAGCGAGGCGGGCCUGCGUUCGCCGAGGCUUUGAGGCGGGCGCAGGAGCUGCUGGUGGAGGCUCACGGGUCUGCCCUCUCGGGUUCUGACAGCGGCACCGUCCAUCGCAUCUCGACACUGCUGCAGAGCACAAUCAUGCUGCUGUCGGCCACGUCGGCGGCCAAGGCCAGGCCUGGCGUGUCGUCAAGCCUCGCGACAGUGGCCGUGGACCUGGGCCGCAACAUUGCAUGGACACGAGAGCAAAACACGCUGAAGGUUCCCGCAACGACCAAGACUACGGGGCGAGCAUGGUCGAGUCGGCGGUGCAGCCUGGACCUGGCGACGGACGCGGCCAAGUUCCAGAAGAAGUACGUUGAAGUGAUUCCCAAGAAGUGGAGCGUCAUCUCGCUCUCGCUCAGCGACAACCGCCACGACCUGUGCAUCAGCAAGCUGCAGGCCGGGCACAGCCCGUUCAUCCUGCGGCUGCCGCUGGAGCGGGCCAACUGCCGCGACGCCGACUCGGAGGUGUUUAACUUUGAGCACGGGCGCGAGGAGCUGCACGCCGUCAUCAAGCUGGCCAACGAGACGAGCCACUCGGCGCGGGACUUUACGGCCAAGGGAGAGCGCAGCGCAUGGUGGUCGGAGCGGGCGGCGCUGGACUCGCGGCUGCGGGAGCUCCUGACGACGAUGGAGACGACGUGGCUGGGGGGGUUCCGGGGUAUCUUCUCGCAGCACCAGCGGCGGGCGGAGCUGCUGGCGCGGUUCCAGAAGAGCUUCCAGCAGAUCCUCGACGGGAGCCUGCCGUCGCGCAACCGGAUGCGCGGCCGGAAGACGGCGGCAGUGACGCUGGACCCGCGGAUCCUGGAGCUGUUCAUCGGGCUCGGGGACCCGGCGGAGGCGGACAACGACUACGACGAGUCGCUCAACGACCUGCUCUACUUUGUGGUGGACGUGCUCCAGUUCCACGGGGAGCGCAACGCGUACGACGAGAUCGACUUUGACGCCAUGGUGGUGGAAACGUACGACGCGCUGCGCGGAUACCACGGGGCGGCGCGGAGCGGCGGGGAGCGGGAGGAGGGGGCGCACACGGUGCUGGUGCUGGACAAGGCGCUGCACGAGUUUCCGUGGGAGUCGCUGCCGUGCAUGGAGGGGCUGGCGGUGUCGCGGGUGCCGUCGCUGGCGUGCCUGCGGCAGCUGAUGAUGGAGCAGGGGGAUUCCGAUUCGCAUGACGACGACGACGACGACGACGACGGACAGGGACAAGAACAGGGACAGGGACGGGGACGGGGACGGGGACAGGGACGGGGACAAGGCCCAGGGCAAAAGGGCCGCUACUACGUGUCGGCGGGGUCCGGGACGUUUAUCCUGAACCCGUCGGCGGACCUCGACAACACGCAGGCCUUCUUCCAGGGCGCCUUUGAGCGUCGGCUGGCGUCGUGGACGGGGCUGGUGCGGCGGGCGCCGUCCGAGGCGGAGAUGGAGCGGGCGCUGUCGACGUCGGACAUUGUGUUGUACUUUGGGCACGGCAGCGGGGCGCAGUACAUCCGGGGCCGGACGGUGCGGCGGCUGGAGCGGUGCCGGGCGGCGGCGUUCCUGAUGGGGUGCAGCUCGGCGGCGCUGACGGCGGCGGGCGAGUUUGAGUGCCACGGGGCCGUGUGGAACUACAUGAUGGCGGGCAGCCCGGCGGUGGUGGGCACGCUGUGGGACGUGACGGACCGCGACAUUGACCGGUUCGCGGGGCGGGCCUUUGAGGAAUGGGGGCUGCUGCCGGGCGGGACGUUUGGGCCGGGGCACGGGGGCGGCGGCGAGGAGCGGUCGCUGGCCGAGGCGGUGGGCAGGGCGCGGGGGGCGUGUCGGUUCCGGUACCUGAACGCGGCGGCGGUGGUGGUGUAUGGGAUUCCCGUCUACCUGCGGGAGGGGGCUUGA